AUGAGUCCUAAAGGUGCUAAGAGGACUCGGUUUCCACCGGACGCCCGGUCAACUGCACGAAAGCGCGGAAGAAAGAUUACCUCCUGCUCUGAAUGUCAUUCCCGGAAGCAAAAAUGCAACAGAGAGAUGCCAUGCUCCCGUUGCAUUCAACGCGGGGUACCCAAUCUAUGUCAGUGGCCAGGCGAUGAAAAAUCCCCACAAGUAAGACCUCAAGAGAGAGGGUCAACUACAGUGGUAUUUGAAGCGGAUUCUCAAGUAACAGAGAUUGGACAGAUAUAUUUCGCUCGAGGAGCCCCAUCAUUCUUUGGAAAUUCAUAUUUUGGGCACCAGGUUGCGGCGCGCAUGAUUCAUGAAUCUGCCCCUGAUCUGCCAGGGAUGAGCUUGCUUUCCACCAAAAACUCCUUACAAUCGUUUAGAAACGAUUCCGGGCCAUUCUCUCAAGUUUGGGACUUGCUCGGUCUUCUUCCUCGGAAUAAAAUGACCGUUGACCGAUUAAUCGAGAGAUUUCUGAGCGAUAUCAAUUGGGCCAUCGAUGCGGUUCACCCGGAGACGUUCAGGUCUCAAUUUGCAGAAUUCUGGGGCAGAAAAUUUGGAUUUGACGAGAUUGCUAGUGUCGAUCUUCGCUGGCUAGCUCUACUUUUCAUUAUUCUUGCCUUUAGCGUCCUCUUGGAUGGCCCCGAGACCCCUUCCCCUGAAAAGGCAAAGGAGAACGAAGAAGCAUCACUGAGAUUCUACUGGGCAUCCAGAAGAGCGAUCGUUAUCUCCCCCUCCUUUCAUGGAGAGAGUCUAGAUCUUGUCAGAGCUGGUCUGAUGGUGACUCGUUAUCUGCUUCAUACACGACAGGUUGCAGAAAGCUGGCUCACUGUCAGUUUUGCCAUGCGCAUGGCUCAAGCCCAAGGUAUGCAUAUUGAUGGCGAAAAAUGGGGACUAUCAAAAAAAGCCACUGAGAUCAGACGACGAUUGUGGGGGAAUUUGUACAUGCUAGACAAGGCCAUCGCACUGGCCCUUGGAAGACCUUAUGCCAUAUCGGACCAUAUGUGUGUCAUUCACGCACCCGAAAAUGUCUGGCUGGAUGAUAUGAGCGAUGAACAAUCAUCAUUGGCCCCCUCCAAGCCGCUAACUAGCCCCACGCGCAGCACAGUCACACUACUAGGUAAUGGGCUGGCCAAGAUCUCGGGAGAGAUCCAAGACCGAUGCUUUGGAUUGUAUCCUGCGUCUUAUGAUAUGGUGACCGAAAUGGACAAAAAGCUUCUUGAGUGGAAGAGCCAGCUUCCGCCAUACUUUGCGUUAGAUGAUUCAGAUAUCUCCUUUGACGAGAUACAUACCUUCUUGCCCUGGCAUCGCCUUUACCUACACUCGGCAUUUCACUUUGCCAGAAUCACACUCCAUCGGCCCUAUCUUCUCCGGGAAUCAAUAAGCAACAGCUUCCGCCUCAGCCACGAAGCGUGCACCUCAUCAGCCUCGUCAGAUCUCAAAGUUCGGUUACGUUCACUCAAUUACAGGAUCGCGGAAAAUAUGAGAUGGACACUGGGAACGCACAAUAUGUUCAAUAGCGCCUUGAUUUUGGGAAUUAUCGCAGUUCGCCGUCCGAAAGCCCCACAGACUGCAGCAAUUAUACACGACCUACAAGUAUACUGCGAAAUAUUAAGGACAGAUGCUUCCUUAAAUGCAUUUGGACUAGCCGAAGUGAAGGUCGUGGAGCUAUGCAUUGACCGCGCAAAGGGCUUCACGAAAGCCACUGAUCAACACGCCAACGAUUCAAAUGUGGAUUCGAUUAAUAUCAUGCCAAAUAUGGCAUCGCAAUGUAAUAAUUCAGGGAACGGCAUGAAUGAUGUGAUGUCGAUGGACGAUCUACCGUCGAAUGCCCUCGAGGCUUCUCCAAAUCAUCCACCAGGAUAUUCACCGGAUCUUAUAUGGCCGGCAAUAUGGGAAGAUCAGAACUUUGCCUUCCCGCAAGCUGCGGACCUUGAGACUUGGGAGCAAAUGAUAUCGGAAAUAACUUAUCACGAUUGA